CAGUGCAUUUAAAGCAUGUUUGGAAGAAUGUCUGAACGGACAACUACUACAACGAAUAAUAUUGGGAUACUUUAUAAGAAUGACACAUGCACCAUUCAAUAUUCCUUCGACCAAUGGUUAUUUUCAAUUGUCUAUGUCUUGGUGUUCAUCCUGGGCCUGCCCAUAAACUGCAUUGCCCUGUACGCAGCCUAUAAGCAAGUGAGACGCAAGAAUGAACUGGGAAUAUACCUCUUCAAUCUAACUGUAGCUGAUCUACUCUACAUACUAACCCUGCCUUUCUGGAUUGAUUUCACUCUGCAUGAUGACAACUGGAGGGCUGGAGCUACCAUGUGUCAGAUCUGCUCCUUUUUGACCCACACCAAUUUAUAUGCGAGCUCCACCUUCCUGUGCUGUAUCUCCUUUGAUCGGUAUCUCGGCAUUGUUCAUCCCCUGAGAAUGACCAGAUUCCGCACAAUUAGGACAGCAAUCACAAUUAGCUGUGUUGCCUGGCUCAGCCAAUCAGCUUUCAAUCUUGAACUGUUGAUGAAACCAGAGAUUUCCAACAAUUCCAAAAGUCACAAGUUGUGCUACGAUAUCUACCCCAUUGAGCCUUGGAAAGCAAAUCUCAACUAUUUCAGGAUUGCCUUUGGAUUCCUGCUCCCGUUUGCUCUGAUCUUCAUCUUCUACUGCAGCAUUUACAACUCGGUGAGGAACAGUGUCUCCACCCUGCACCAUGAGAAGAGAAGGGCAGUAAAACUGAUGCUGAGCAUUACAGUGGGGUUCACCAUCUGCUUCUUCCCCUACCAUGCCACGUUGUUGGUCCGAAGCAUCAUGGAGAAGGACUGCAACGUUGUACAACACAUCUUCAUCCCUUAUCGACUAUCAGUGGCUCUCAUUUGCUUCAACUGCAUCCUGGAUCCAAUCCUGUAUUGUUUUGUGAAUGAGACAGCACGCAGAGAUAUCUCACUUGCCACCUUGCGGAGGAAAGAGAACGUUAUUAGGACCAGGGAACUGCAGGCCAACAAUAUCUCAGAGACUGUGAUACUUUAA